AUGUAGUCCAACAAAGUGCGUGUCAACAAUACGAACGCAAGGGCUCGCUCGGUGGACAUAACAAUAAUAGGCAUAUAUUGGUCAGCGAGACCGUAGUGCGCCGCAAAUCACAAUAAUAGCUAUGAAUUACUUAAUUUAUACGCUGCUCCCCGGCCACUUAUAUUGGGUGGAAUUCGCUUGCGCCUUUAGUCACGCCACUUUAAAAUGUAAAUACGACAUUGCUCGACACACAAGUCUGUGGAUUGGUUUGAUAAUAUAAGGUUAUACUGGAUGGGUGGCUGAUUUUGCUCCGUACUGAAUGGUAUAAUUGUAUAGCUGAAGACACAUUUGGGAGAGGCAGUGCUACUGGAGAGAAUCGUACCGCAGGUACUACAUUUAUACUGGUCAUUGCAGGAACUGGACCUGGUCUGUAAAAUAUCACGAGGAACAAAAUACUGAAAGAUGAAGCAGGGCGUUGUGAGUGGCAUCAUUUUUGCUGCCCUGGCUAUAGCACUGGGGUCCACCACCGACGUCUUUCCAGCUCCAGAACUAGCAGCCCCUCCACUGAAGAUAGGUGCCUUUAACGUCCGCGUGUUUGGUCCAACCAAGGCUAGCAUUCCGGCUGUAAUGAACACUAUUGCUAAGGUAGUUGCCCGUUACGACAUCAUUUUGAUCCAAGAAGUCCGUGACUCCAGUGAAACUGUCGUGGACAAACUGCUGCUAGAAGUAAAUAG